ACAAAUAUUUUUUCACCAAAUAUUCACCAAAGACUCAUCAACUCCAGCAAAUACCGUAAAAAUUUGCAUAUAGUAACCUUAUUGAAGCAAUUAUCAAUGUUCCGUGAUUUUUCUCAUAUAAAUUAUAGUUCGGUUGGGUAUUGAAAUCAAUGAUAAAGUUUUAUCACUACGACUGAAAUUAAGCUUUUAAUAAGAAUAAAAAAAGCACUUUAUGAAUUCAUCACCUCUAUAUAAUUUAGUAACAAUAGCAUCCAAGCCAUUCUACCACCCACCUUCCUUACAGCUAAAGCCAUGGCAUUCUCACUAAUUAAAAGAUUGCCUUUCAUCCUUACCAUCUUCAUUGUACUGUUAUUUUUUUCCAAUGUUGUUUUAGCUUUUGCUUCUAAUAAAUCAGCUGUCCAGAUGAAAGGACAAGAAGUAGACGCUCUUCUCAAAUGGAAAGACAGCCUUGACGAGCCCACUAAUUGCCUCCUUUGCUCUUGGAAUUUUGUUCAUCAUAACUCCACUUCUUCUGAUCUCAAAGCUGACAUCAAUAGUUCCCCUUGCCAAUGGGUUGGGAUCACUUGUGAUGAAUCUGGACAUGUCAUACACAUAGACCUUUCCUUCAGUGGUUUAAGAGGUACUUUACAAUUCUUCAACUUCUCAUCUUUCCCUAACCUUAUCAGCCUUGACCUUUCUCACAACUUUCUCCAUGGAAGCAUUCCCCCCCACAUCAGUAACCUUUCCAAGCUCAUGUAUCUAGACUUGGCUGUUAAUAAUUUCUCUGGUAAUGUACCAUCUGAGAUAGGUUUGAUGGCAAGUCUUCGCUGCUUGCUUGUCCACUAUAAUCAGAUUGCUGGAUCUCUACCUUGGACGAUAGGGAUGUUAAAAUCUCUCGAUGUGCUUGUUUUUUCUUACAACAAUCUGACAGGUCCUAUUCCUGCUUCUAUAGGAAAUUUGAUUGAACUAAGAGCUCUAAACCUUCGUGACAACAAACUUUCUGGUUCAAUCCCUCGGGAAAUUGGAAAGUUGAGGUCACUCAGUGCUGCCUUUUUGUCUCACAACAAGCUCACAGGUCGACUUCCUGCUUCCAUAGGAAAUUUGGGCAAACUUACCAUUCUACACCUUCAUGACAACAGACUGUCUGGUUUAAUUCCUAUGGAAAUAGGAAUGUUAAUAUCCCUUAAAGAACUUGUUUUGACAAACAACAGUCUCACAGGUCCUAUUCCAGCUACUUUGGGAAACCUGAAAAAUUUAACUUCCCUUUAUAUUGUAAACAACAAGCUUACUGGAUUCAUUCCCAAAGAAUUAGAGUCACUAAAAUGUCUUCGUGAGCUUUGUUUGCAUUCUAAUAGUCUUCAAGGUCCAAUUCCCACUUCUAUAGGAAACUUGAGCAUCCUAGAAUUUUUAGACCUUGGUUUCAACAAGCUUUCAGGAUUCAUCCCUCCAGAAGUUCUAUUGCUGAAAUCCCUGAAUUGGAUUGGACUGAAUGACAAUGGCUUAACAGGUUCAAUUCCUGCUUCUGUUGCAAAUUUAGGCAGUAUAGAAUUUCUAUACCUUUAUCAUAAUCAUCUUUCUGGAACUAUCCCUCUUGAAUUAGGAAAGCUGCAAUCUCUUAUUGAGCUUGACCUGUCAACAAACAAUCUCAGCGGUCCCAUCCCCGCAUCUAUAAGAAAUUUGAGCAACUUAACUCUUCUGUACCUUCAUAACAACAUGCUUUCUGGAUCAAUUCCUUCCACCAUAGGGAACUUAACCAAGCUCACAGAGUUGGAACUAUCAAUCAAUCAUUUUUCCGGCCAAAUUCCUCCAGAGAUAGGAAAGCUCAAGUACCUUACUGACCUUAGGUUAUUCAUGAACAAUCUUAGUGGCCCAAUCCCUCUGGAAAUGCAUAAUUUUACAUCUUUAAAAUCAUUGCAACUGGCUGAUAAUAUGUUGUCUGGAUAUUUACCCCAAAACAUAUGCCUUGGUGGAGUACUUGAAAUUUUCGUCAUGGGUAAUAAUAGUUUUGUGGGUUCCAUACCAAAAAGUUUGAAGAACUGCACAAGCUUAAUCAGAGUUAGGCUUGAAAGAAAUAAACUAGAUGGACACAUAUCAGAAGAUUUUGGCAUAUACCCAAAUUUGAAAUUCAUUGAUCUGAGCUACAAUAGGUUGCAUGGUGAGCUUUCUCAAAAUUGGGGGCAUUGUCGUAAUCUGACACUCUUGAAAUUGUCCAACAAUGGAAUUUCUGGUGGGAUACCACCGGAGCUUGGGAAAGCAAAUCAAUUGCAGGUACUUGACCUCUCCCAAAAUUGUCUGGUAGGGAAUAUUCCAAAGGAACUAGGGGCAUUGAAGUUGUUGUUCAAACUUAAAUUGAACAAUAACAAACUUUCAGGUAAUAUUCCCUCAGAACUUGGAAUGUUAUCCGAGCUUACUGAUCUUAGCCUUGCAGUAAAUGAUCUCACAGGAUUGAUUCCAGAACUGAAAGACUGCUUAAAACUACAGUUCUUGAACUUAAGCAAAAACAGGUUCAGUAAAAGUGUUCCAUUUCAAGUUGGCAAGUUACUUUCUUUGCAAAUGCUCGAUCUAAGUUACAAUUUGCUUGAAGGAGAGAUACCACCGGAGCUUGGAUAUUUGCGUGACUUAGAGACAUUAAAUCUCUCCCACAAUGAACUCUCAGGUUCCAUCCCAUCCACUUUCAGUGAAAUGUUGAGCUUGACUGCUGUUAAUAUCUCCUUCAAUCAAUUGGAGGGUCCACUUCCCAACAAUAAAGCCUUUAGCUGGGCACCAGUAGCGGCAUUGACUAAUAAUAAAGGUUUAUGUGGCAACAAUCCUCGUUUUAAAGCUUGCUCUUCCACAAAGAUAAGCAGAUUGCGCAGAAAAGAUGGCAACAAGGCAAUUAUAUUGAUCGCAGUUCCACUUUCAAGCACCUUUGUCCUUGUAUUUGUCAUUUCUGGAGUUGUUUCUCUUGUUAGAAAAAGAGCCGGGAUCGCAGAUGAAGCCAAAGAAGAAGGAAAGGAUAAUAUAUUUGCAAUAUGCAGCUAUGAUGGGAAAGUGGUACAUGAAAACAUAAUGGCAGCAACAGAGAGAUUCAGCUCCAAGCAUUGUAUUGGAGUGGGAGGAUGUGGGACUGUUUACAAAGCAGAGCUUCCAACUGGUCAGGUUGUUGCUGUGAAGAAGCUUCACCAACAUGAAGGGAUUGAAAUGUCCAAUUUAAAGGCUUUUACAAGUGAAAUUUGUGCAUUAACCAAAACAAGACACCGAAAUAUUGUGAAGUUCCAUGGUUUCUGUUUGCAUGCACAGUACUUAUAUUUGGUUUACGAGUUCCUUGGAGGAGGAAGCUUGGGAAAGAUACUUCAGGAGAAGGUAAAAGCCGAGGAGUUAAAAUGGAUCACAAGAAUAAAUGUUGUGAAAGGAGUGGCCAGUGCCUUAACUUAUAUGCACCAUGAUUGCUCACCUCCUAUUGUUCAUCGUGACAUAUCAAGCAACAAUAUAUUGAUGGAUUCAGAGCAAGUGGCUCACAUCUCCGACUUUGGCACAGCAAGGAUUUUGAAGCUGGACUCUACCCGUUGGACAUCUUUGGCUGGCACAUUUGGCUAUUUCGCUCCAGAACUUGCCUACAGCAUGGAAGCAAAUGAGAAGUGUGAUGUGUAUAGCUUUGGAGUGGUAUCACUGGAAGUGAUCAUGGGAAGGCAUCCAGGGGAUAUAAUCCUGUCUCUAUCAACAUCAACACCAUCAGCUACCUACGAAAUUCUCCUGAAAGAUACAUUGGACCAACGCCUCCCACCACCCACAAAUAAGGAAGCAGCGGAAGUAGUUUCCAUAGUGAAAUUAGCAUUUGCUUGCCUCCAUGCCAAUCCAAGGUCUCGGCCAACCAUGCAACAAGUAUCUCAAAAGCUAUCAAUGAAAGUGAAAGCACUGUGGAAGCCAUUCGGAAUGUUUACUUUAGGAGAACUUUUGUAGUUAUACAAUUUUCAUUUGGAUGCAUCUCUUCCCAGAGCUGCAUCCUGUUUGUGCAUUUCUUGUUUUCCUUUUAUUAUCUUUCCCUUU